AUGGAAGGGAAAAAUGUGAAGGUGAUUUCUUUGAUGGUCAUAGUAAUGUUUGGAAUGUUCGUAGGGAGGAGUUCAGCAUUCAGCAAGGACUGCUUUGUAGGAUGUAUGGUGCUAUGCGCUGUUACUCAUCCUAACAGGCAGAUGUUUUUAUGCCCAUUUACUUGCUUGAAGAAAUGUAUUUUCAGGUCGGAUGACCCGGAUCCUUCUAACAAGAUUGAGUCUCCUGGUGAUCGCUACUGCAAGCUUGGUUGUGCUACCGUGAACUGCAUCAGCAAAAGCACUCCUCAGAAUCCUCUUGGAGACCAAGUUCAACAUUGUGUUAAUUCUUACUGCACUAAAAAAUGCACAAACUAA